AUAUGUCUUAUCUCUGACAACAUAUUUUCAGCACUUUGGACAGAGGCAUUACUAUUCACCAUCUUUCUCUCUCUCUGAUGUUGUGUCACAUAGUUGUUAUAAUGGGUUUUCAGUUGUGUAAUUUUCUGUAUCUGCCAUUUAUCUGAGUGCGGGCGUGAAGACAAACUCUUUUGAUGACUAAUUUUGAAGUUGUACAACACCAUUUUGCAUAUAAUGCAUAUUCCUAAACUAUUUCAGCUGAUGUUAGGUUUGAUGUUCUUGCAGUUUCGCUUUUUGAACUCAAUGGGACGCUGUCUGUUAAGGUAUUGCAGCUGUGGACAUGAUUUGAUGCAGAUCCUCCCAUAUCACGUCGUUAUUUCAGAGAAAGAAAAAGGGUGAAAGCAUUUUUCACUGACAUGUCAUCCUUUCGGACAGGCUGAGCCGGAUCGACGCGUUCAAAAUUUGUGGAAUUACUUAUUAUUCCUUUGUCAAUGAAUUUUCAAAUGGAUAGAUUUUUAUUGGGAAACCGAGUCAAAUAGUCUUUUUUUGUCGCGCAAACGCAUAUGAAAAGAACAAUGGCACGGCAAGUACUGCUUUUCAUCUCAAUGUUCUCUCUUGGAUCAGUUCUCGGUCAAGUCAGCUAUUCUAUUCCAGAAGAAAUGGCAAAGGGCUCUGUGGUGGGAAACAUAGCACGGGAUUUAGGAUUGGAUGUGAAAAGACUAAAGUCAGGCAAAGCCCGUAUAUUUACGGGCGACAGUGCAGAAUACAUUGAGCUGAAUAGAGAGCGGGGAGUCCUCCUAGUGAAAGAGAGAAUCGACAGAGAGUCGCUCUGCAGACAGACGACGCCGUGUGCUUUACAUUUGCAGAUUAUUCUAGAAAAUCCAAUGGAGCUUUUUCCGAUAACAGUAGAGAUUACCGACAUCAACGACAACAGUCCCAGUUUUAAAAAUGACGAGAAACGUUUUGAAAUUAGCGAAUCAGCAGUUACUGGAUCUAAAUUUGUGUUAGAAAGGGCCGUUGAUGCAGACAUUGGCGUGAAUGGCCUGAAAAAUUAUAGCUUGAAACCUACAGAUAAUUUUAUGCUUAAAAUACAAACUCAUGCAGAUGUAAUUAGAAAGGUCGAAAUGGUUUUACACAAGCCGUUAGAUCGAGAGAGAGAGGAACAAAUAUCGCUGUUGUUAACAGCUGUAGAUGGAGGAGAUCCUCAGAUGUCUGGUACAGUAAAGAUUUAUUUGACAGUGCUCGAUGUAAACGACAAUGCUCCUGUUUUCAUGCAGUCGGUUUACAAGGCAGCCAUCGCCGAAAAUUCUCAGAAAGGAACAACUGUGACAACAGUGGGUGCUUCGGAUGCAGAUAAAGGAACAAACGGGGAGGUUUCUUAUUCAGUGUCGUCAACCAUGGAUAGUGUGUCUGAUAUAUUUACAAUAAAUGAAAACGGUGAAGUAAUAUUAGUUGGUGAAGUUGACUUUGAAAAAGCCAAGUAUUACCAAAUUGAUAUCGAAGCGCAAGACAGCGGUGGUCUUUCUGACUCCAGUAAAAUUAUUGUUGAUGUUAUUGAUAUUAAUGAUAAUAAUCCCAUAAUCAGUAUACUUUCCAAAUCUGACUCAAUCCCAGAAGACUCUUCCCAAAAUACAGUUAUAAUUAUGUUUAGUGUUCUUGACCCAGAUUCAAGUAACAAUGGUCAAGUAAACUGCAGAAUAAAUGGCCACAUACCAUUUACUAUUACCACAUCUUCUAAUGAUUUCUAUAGUUUAGUGACAGACAGUGAAUUGGACAGAGAGAAAGCGUCUGAGUAUAAUAUAACUGUGACCUGCUCUGAUGAGGGAGUGCCCUCCCUCUCCAGCAGCGUCACUCUCACC